UGGUCCCCCCUUGUUUGCUUCUCGAAUCCCCUUCCUGCCAGUUAUAAAAUUUUCAAAGCCGUAUCAGGAGGACACUGAUUGUGUCGUAUUCUUACAGCUUUCCAUUGCAGCUCUGUGUCUUCAUCGGGAAACCUAGGGUUUCCGCACCUGUCGCUCAUGCGACCGUUUCGGUGCAGUUGCGAUGAUUUUGGAGCUACAGCAGCUCAAGAGUAGCUCGUGAUUGGUGAUGCAGUAACCGCCUGGCUCUUUGAACCCAAUUGCUCCUAUGGUUCCAUCGUUGUAGGGAGAGAAUAUGUUUGAUUCUCUGGGGAAAGUGGAAAGCAGGAGGGACGGGGAGAGGAUUGACCGAGCUUUUCGAGGAAAUAUUGUGGCGAAAGUUCCGGAUGCGGUGCUUAUCCACUUGUGAAAUUCGUUUGAGGUGGCAGUAAACAAGAUAUGGAUUAUCGUCAUGAUAUGCUUCGGUGGGGCUAUCAGCUGACAGGUCUCACACAUGCCAUGAUCGUUGCUUUUAAACCUUGUAAACUUGGUGUUCCGAAUCACCGAAUUGCUUUGUUUUUUCCACUUUGGGAAAUCAUGUCUAGUCAUCGUCAUUGUCUGCAGCAUUUUCUGAUUGAAUUACGUGCAGCUUUAGAUCGUAUCAGUCCAAUGUUGCUGACAAGAGAGACUCCGUGUAGCGUGUAUCGUUUUGGGUGGCCUGCUGGAGUAACUACAUUAUAAUUGAAUUUAGUGUUCUUGGGGAAUUGGAACGGAGCUGCGGGAUUGCCUGCUAUGGUGCUGAGUAUUACUUUUGCGUAGAAUCUACGUUUCGUCAACAUGAAAUUGAUUCUGAAUUUAACGUGUGGGGGCGUGUGGUGAAGCAAACGAAGAAGAAGAAGAAGAAAAAAAAAAAAAAAAAAAAAAAAAAAGAAAAAAAAGAAAGGCGUCGGCAGGGGGUGUGAUUGCGGACGCUUAGGGUUGUAGGUAUUGGUCUUGCUCAGGACAGAGAUCUAUGGACUGCGAGGGAUGCGAGGGGGUUUAGCAUCGCGUAGACUUGAUGGUGUUGUGAUGUGAUCUUCGAAGAGUAGAACUGUUGCGAGGCGGGGUACAAUAAUCAUGUCAGAUUGUGUAGUUGUAGCUUCUGGAGGUCGAGGUGAAGAUAGGAUGACCCAUUAGUUUUCGUCAGAGGUUUCGUGAGUCGGCAAUGUGAAUAAUUGCGCUUAGAACACUGAGGACUGGAGGUAGAUUUAAGGAAAUAAAGAAAGAAAAAACAGAGGAAGAAAAAACGAAUCGACGCUGGUUUGGGUGCGUAGCUCUGGAGUUGGAAUGGUUGUUUCUUAUGCCAUGGUUUGUUAGGGUAGGUAACAGAAGUUGGAUUUUCGUAUCGAGCAACGAGGUAGAGAGGUUGUGUAUAAUGGAUUAUAGGGACGAUGACGCCGACGCUGCGUUGGAGCACUUCGCCAUUGCACCUCUAACUCUUGCGCAGAAAGUUGUUGCCUUUCGCAUCCUGUUUUUUCGAUGGGUGAAAAAGGUUCGUAUCGUGAUCGCAACGAAGGCACUGCGGAUAUGGAAGGUGUGGAAGCGGCUCUUGUAUUUGUGGUUCAGGGGUGUGGGAUCGUGGUUAAACCCUCGAAACCCGAGUGUCCUUUUGUUAGCAGCUGUCGUAGCGACCAUACUUUUGAAAAGAGCAAAGCUAGGAUCACAAAGAGCAGAGCGUGCUUACAGACGGAAGUUCUGGUCCAAUUUGAUGAAGACCGCUUUGACAUACGAGGAGUGGGCUCAUGCUGCGCGGAUGCUUGAGAAGGAGCAAACUCGGAGGAAGGAUUCAGAUUUGUACGAUGAGGAUUUGGUGCGGUCAAAGCUUAACGAGCUUCGAUUGCGUCGUUUGGAAGGUGGUGUUGAGGAUAUUCUCUUCUGCAUUCGGGCUGAUUUAGUGCGCAAUUUGGGGAAUAUGUGCAACCCUGAACUGCACAAGGGCCGGCUACAAACUCCCCGCCUUAUUCAGGAGUAUAUCAACGAAGUGAGGUACCACCUUCGAGCCGUGUGUGGGAGUGACUCGGACAGCUUUACACUUGACGAAAAAAUUGCUUUCAUUCACGAAACCCGCCAUGGUUUUGGUCGCACUGCACUUCUUCUUAGUGGUGGAGCAGCUCUCGGAGCGUUUCAUCUUGGGGUUGUACGAACUCUCAUCGAGCAUCGUCUACUUCCCCGAGUGAUUGCAGGAGCUAGUGUAGGAUCUAUCAUAUGCUCAUUUGCUGCAACGCGCACAUGGACAGAGCUCCAGAGUUUUUUCGAUGACCCCAUGCCUCCCAUGCACUUUUUUGAAAACAUGGGGAGCAUCUUUGCUACUGCGCACAGGCUUCUGACCCGGGGUGCUGUGCAUGAAAUUGGUAUGCUGCAAAGGAAAAUGAGACAGCUCAUUGGGGAUUUAACUUUCCAGGAGGCUUACGAUCUAUCUGGUCGUGUGCUUGGAAUAUCUGUAUGUUCACCUCGGAAACUUGAGCCCCCGAGAUGUUUGAAUUAUUUAACUUCCCCUCAUGUAGUCAUUUGGAGCGCAGUCACUGCAUCAUGUGCAUUUCCAGGGCUGUUUGAAGCGCAAGAGCUAAUGGCUAAGGAUCGAACUGGGCACCUCGUGCCCUAUCAUACACCACCUCAGGUUGGUCCGGGGGACAAGAACAUGGAAAAGGAUAUUGGGAAUCGACGAUGGCGAGAUGGCAGCCUUGAAAGUGAUUUGCCGAUGAUGCAGUUGAAGGAACUGUUCAACGUAAACCAUUUUAUUGUCAGCCAGGCGAAUCCACAUAUUACCCCUUUUCUGAGGUUCAAGGAUUUUGUUCGUGCAUAUGGAGGAGAUUUUGCUGGAAAAUUGGCACACUUAGCGGAAAUGGAGGUUAAGCACCGAUGCAAGCAGGUGAUGGAGAUGGGAUUUGAGGUCUUUGGGCUUGCCAAGUUGUUCGCACAAGAUUGGGAAGGAGAUGUCACGAUUGUUAUGCCAGCUACUUUUGCCCAGUUUGCCAAGAUUAUUACGAAUCCAACACCCAUAGAUCUUCGCAAGGCAGUGAUGCAAGGCCGACGCUGUACUUGGGCUAAGCUAUCAGCCAUUCAAGCCAACUGUGGCAUAGAACUGAUGCUAGACGAGUGUGUCUCGGAACUGAACCGUCGUCGUAAAGCCUUGCGGGAGAUAGAGCGAAGCAAUGCAAUGCAGAAUAGUCAUGGUGGCAUGCGAGGGUUAUCUGGAACAAAGCGUAUUCCUUCUUGGAACAACAUGGCUCGAGAAAAUUCUUGCGGCUCUCUAGAUGAUGAGAGCUUUCAUGAUGGAGCGCAACAAGGGGGGCCGUGGGGAGGUCCCACCCUGCGGACCCUUAGACCGGUACGUAUCACGCAUGACGGUAGUGAUAGCGAUGAUAAUCUGGACCUGUACCAGCAGUCGUGGACGAGAGCAGGUGGGCCUCUCAUGCGGACGGCGUCAGCAGCCAAAUUUGUGAUGUACUAUGAUGGAGAAGCAGAUUCUGCAAUGGCUACCACACCUGCCACAACUCCCCAGGAGCCCAAAGGAGGUCACGAAAGUGGAGACGAAUCGGACGCAAAUAAGUUGAUGCCGGUUAACAAAUUGCACCGACCCGGCAGCGGGGAGUUUCGAAGCGGCAACCGGAAAAAUAAGAUCUGGGAGGCGGUAGGAAGUGGUAACAUGCUUGGGACCGGAGCUGGAAACGAGUCUGCACGAAUUGAUGAUAACGGUUCAUCACCUGACGAGCCGGAAUCCGGUAAUCCACAGCAGCCAAAAAUGCGCAAAUCGGCUAGUGCAUAUCUAGAAAGGUUGACAAUCUCUGAUUGUAACCCGGUACAUGGUGAAGAACUCAGACCCAGUUCGAGGUGCUUUAGCAUCCCUGGUUGUAUAUGUCCUACACCGGCGUGGAACACGCCAUGCGAAUGCUCAGAACAAUUAGACUUCCUUGCACACGAGAAGACAUCCAAAGCGGCAAGCUUGCUGUGGCAUGACAAUCCAGAAAUGAAUGGAAACUUAGAAAAUGCUGCAGAAAUCAGCAUGAGGGAAGCCCUGAGAGCCACUUCCCCCCAGAAACAAUACGAAGGCUUGCAAGGUCGUGCAUUAGAUCGUGGAGCCUUUGGUUCUUUUGUUAGCAGCGAUCGGAAUCAGAGGUCAACAAAUUGAAGUAAGGAAGGAAGGAAGGAAGGAAGCUGUGGCUUUUGCUCGACGCUGUGGAUCAGAGUAUCAUGUGGCAGAAAUCGUUCUACAUGUGGAGCAUUGCUUUCUGCCACUGGGUGUUCGGUCAAUUGCCUUAUUGUACUUCAAAGUCCCUCACUUUAUGUCGUAAAACAAUGUGAUGGAUCAUGAAGUUCCGGCACACAACGAAGGUUCAUUCUUCAACCUGUAUGCCAGAUAUUUAUGCGAAGCCAGCGGCAGAUAUCUUAUCACCAAGUGAUAAAGAGGUACAUCAAGACGUUAUGACACAAUCAUUCUACAUGUGUAGCAUUGCCUCAGAUGCUCAGGUUUCAGCUCUCAGAGCUCAUUGAAUAUUUUUAUCAUUUAGAGUUUGAAGCUCAGUUUGAUCAGGCAGGUUUCCAGUUGUAGUGAUGUAAGGAUUUUAGCUGGCAGCCAUAUUCACUAUAACUUUGUACAUCAUUUUUAUUUUUAUUUUUUUCCUCUCUUGUACACUUAAGCUUGACGUUGGUUUUUAUGAGCAUCAUUAAACUAUGUCAGUUAAGAUAUCGUACUACUUUUA